GGGACGAAAAGGGUCGUUCUUGAGCUACUGCGUGUGGCACUCCAUCGAAUUAUUUCCUCGUCUUUUACGAAAAAUCCGCAGUACCUGUGAUACGGGCGAGUAAAUUAAUCACAACACCAUGGCCCAAUUGUCGCUACGUCUGGCUGCAUCUGUGGCUAAAUUAUUACCCAAUGCCACAGUUCAGGUACACUGGCCUGCAAGCGCACUCGCUGCCCGCAAGUACCAUGUCAGCUGCAGCAGAAGAUCUGCGGAAAUAUCUUCCAUCCUGGAGGAACGUAUCAUGGGGUCUGCUCCAAAGGCCAACCUCGAAGAAACUGGCCGUGUCUUGAGCAUUGGUGACGGUAUUGCCCGUGUUUAUGGCCUGAAGAAUAUUCAAGCCGACGAGAUGGUGGAGUUCAGCUCCGGUCUCAAGGGUAUGGCCUUGAAUUUGGAGCCUGACAAUGUUGGUAUUGUCGUGUUCGGUAAUGACAGACACAUCAUGGAGGGUGACAUUGUCAAGCGUACCGGUGCUAUCGUUGAUGUGCCAGUUGGUGACGAGCUUCUUGGGCGUGUUGUUGACGCUCUGGGAAAUCCAAUUGAUGGAAAAGGGCCAUUGGGUGCUAAGCAGCGGUUCCGUAUUGGUACCAAAGCCCCCGGUAUUAUCCCACGAGAAUCGGUCAGGGAGCCCAUGCAGACCGGUAUCAAAGCCGUGGACUCGUUGGUACCAAUUGGUCGAGGUCAACGUGAGUUGAUCAUUGGUGACAGGCAGACUGGAAAAACCGCUCUUGCCAUCGACACAAUCAUCAAUCAGAAGCGUUUCAACGAUGCUGGUGAGGAGAAAAAGAAGCUCUAUUGUAUCUAUGUUGCCAUUGGACAGAAGAGAUCUACUGUCGCUCAAAUUGUGAAGCGAUUGACAGACAGCGGUGCUAUUAACUACACAAUUAUUGUCUCCGCCACUGCCUCCGAUGCUGCCCCCUUACAGUAUUUGGCACCAUACUCUGGCUGCGCCAUGGGUGAAUUUUUCAGAGAUAAUGGCAAGCACGCCCUCAUCAUCUACGACGAUUUAUCCAAACAGGCUGUUGCCUAUCGUCAAAUGUCGCUGCUACUGCGACGACCACCAGGUCGUGAGGCCUAUCCUGGUGACGUUUUCUACCUUCACUCGCGUCUUCUCGAACGUGCUGCCAAAAUGAAUCAGUCCCUUGGCGGUGGCUCACUCACUGCUCUGCCCAUCAUUGAGACUCAGGCCGGUGAUGUGUCAGCAUACAUUCCCACCAAUGUCAUCUCCAUUACUGAUGGACAAAUUUUCUUGGAGACUGAGCUCUUCUACAAAGGUAUUCGUCCAGCCAUCAACGUCGGUCUUUCGGUAUCACGUGUCGGCUCAGCCGCUCAAACCAAAGCCAUGAAGCAAGUCGCUGGUUCCAUGAAACUUGAGCUUGCCCAGUACCGUGAGGUCGCUGCCUUUGCACAGUUCGGAUCUGACUUGGAUGCUGCUACCCAACAGCUUCUCAGCCGUGGUGUCCGACUUACUGAACUUCUCAAGCAAGGACAAUACGUACCUAUGGCUAUUGAAGAACAAGUAGCUGUCAUCUACUGUGGUGUACGUGGAUACCUCGACAAAAUGGACCCAACAAAGAUCACCGCAUUUGAAAAGGAAUUCCUCGCACACAUCAGGGCAUCCCACAAAGAUCUCACCGCCACCAUUGCCAAGGAAAAUGUCAUCAGCGAGGCUUCUGACGCUAAGCUGAAGAAAAUUGUUACCGAUUUUCUCGCUUCGUUCAACGCGUAAAUCCACCAUGUUUCACUCAAAAUUGUGUCUAAUAGAUAGUUGUUAUACGGAAGAAAAGCCGAGGAAAGAUGCAAUGCUGGGCACAUCGUCCAUCAGCUCCAGUAUCCACGUUAACAGGGAUUAUCAGUUAAACACGUUUGUUAGUCAAAAGCAUUCUCAGCAGUAUCGCAACAUUUUCAAAUAAACAUAAGUAAAUCGUGAUUGGAUUCACAAGUGAAAUUUAAACGAAGAAGAACUCGAUAGUCGUGACGAUAAACAGGAUGUGGAUAUGAUACCCGUUUAUCUUUAAUAAAGGUGUAUUACCUCAUUUUGUUAAAAUGUUAUUUUAUUGUAUUUCAAUCAUUGUAUAUGCGAUCAAAUAAUUCGAAAGCCGAGUCAAUAAAAUGAAAAGAGAAUUGAAGAUCUUGGAAACAGGAGGAAAAAAACUA